AUGGUAAUUGCCCCGUACUUGAGGAAGAUCGGGCACUCCUUCGGCUCGACCAAAGCGGCACAUUAUCUGAGCAAAGUUGGGGGCUGGAUUGCUCCUCCCCCCAACAAGUCAGAAGAUGGGCGGGACCAGUGGCCAUCUCGAGCAGCCUUCCUGCUAGCUGCUAUGGGAGGCUGCGCCGGCCAAGGGAAUUUAUUGCGAUAUCCCUCGGUGGUCUACAACAAUUACGGACUCCAAUGGUUUAUUCCAUACCUGAUAGCGGUGUUUGCCGUCGCCAUCCCAGCUCUCAUCCUCGAGAUCUCGAUCGGACAAGCCUAUCGGGGCGGAACGGUGAUCGCAUUCAACAACAUAAACAAACGGUUGAAAGGCGUGGGUCUCGGUCCCAUCCUGGUCAGCUUCGUGGUAGUGCAAUAUUUCACUGUUAACCUGGCAUGGAUCAUGAACUAUUUCCGCAACUCUUUCACUAGCCCGCUGCCAUGGGAAGGUAGAAUCGAGGAGUUCUACAUGGGCGAUGUCGUUGCCAAUAUCGAUCCUAUUGUGGGAAACCUCACAGCCGGAAAUGGUGCUGUCGCCAACUACACUGUUUACCCCGGUGUCAAGCUCAUCGGCGAGACAGUAGGCUGGAGUGCCUUUAUCUGGUUUCUGAUUUGGGUCUCCAUCUUCCGUGGAGUUGGGCUGACGGGUCGGGUCGUUUAUUGGACAAUGGGCCUGCCGAUCGUCACAACUAUCAUCAUCGUUGGUCGCGCCUGUUCGCUUGAAAACGCGCGCGAGGGCAUCAGACUUUUAUGGGCCACCUGGAGGAGCGACCAGCUAGCCUCCGGUACUGUCUGGCAGACAGCCGUUGGUCAGGUUUUCUUUUCGACUGGUAUUGGAUUUGGUUAUUUCACCUCUUAUGCAUCGUACAACUCGAAACAUUCGAAUGCUGUUAUGGAUGCAAUUCUCAUCUGUGGGAGCAAUAUCCUCUUCGAAAACUUUGCCGCGUUUGCUGUUUUCGGUGUUGUGGGUUAUCUCGGACGCUGGCCACAGGAUGGAGAAAGAUUAGGUGCCUUCGUGGUUGGUUUCCUGACACUUCCUGAGGCUGUCAUCCAUAUGCCCGGGGCGAACUGGUGGGCAAUCCUGUUGUUUUUCACCCUAGUCGUCCUCGGUUUCAGCUCUGCCUUUGUCAUGCUUGACGCUGUGGCAACUCUGGCCGUCGAUGCGGGUAUGAAACUUUCAAGGCCACUCAUUGUGACUGGCCUAACCCUCAUAUCUUUCCUCAUGUGCUUGCCAUACUGCACUCAGUUUGGAUUCUAUUUACUUGACGGAAUAGAUAGAUGGAUUAACAACGUCUGUCUCAUAUUCGUUGUCUGGUCAGAACUCGUUGGAGCUACCACAGUCUAUCGUUGGCACGACGUGGUGAGCCAAACAGGACUUCCUUCCUUUGUUCUAUACAACUUUGGAUAUUUUGGUGGCCAGAUCAUUGGAGUUGCCGUUGCACAUGGUGUGUCUGAUCCAGCAGCUGGCGCUGGCGCCGGCUUCGGACUCUAUAUUGUAUGUUCGAUUGCUUCUGCCUUGAUUGCUACGACUCCAGCCAUCAAAGCGUCCAGCUUCUGGGGUCGGAAUCCAAUCCUCAGCCGAUUCUGGUACCUGGCUUUCUACUCCGGUAAUCAAUUGAGGCGUGAUCUCAAUCUCGUGGUUGGUGGCAAUGGUAACUGGAACAUCCCGACAUUCUGGCCUGUCCUGCUCCGUUAUAUCAGCGCACCAAUCUUGGCUAUUGUGUUUAGCUUUGCGUAUCCGGAGUUCUACACCUUGCGGUAUGACCCGAUGAUGAUUUCGGGCUUUAUUUUGGCCCACUUCUGUUUGCUCUUGAUCCUGCUUGGCGUUGUCUUUCCACGGUAUUACGAUAUCUUCAUUCCGCCCCAGCGGAGAGCCGAAGGCACCGAAGCGACAAUAGCCAACGAGCCCAAAGAGCAGGACUUCGUUCCAGAGACAGCAGUUCUUGAUCAUGAGUCUGGCAUGCUCGCAUCGAAUUCUCAGGACAGUUCGAGGCCACAUGCAGAGGUUUCAGCGACUCCAAAGCUAUGA